AUGUCGGGAAACACAUACAGAGGCACUCCCACCCGCAACCAGGGCCGCGGAUCCGCGCCUUUCGGCAACAGCCCCGGCGGUUCCAGCAUUCCUCGUCCCGUCCUCGAAACUGCUCAGGCCGAGACAAGCUCUUCCCUCAGUGCGAGUCGCCAGAAGCAGUCCAAGCGUGAUGAGGCAAUCCGAAAAAAGCUCGAAAAUGACCUGUCCAAGAAGAAGCACCUCACGAGCCGAGCUCGACACACCCGAAAAGCUCCCCCGGGAACCGUCCUCGCACUCAAGCCCAGCCCCGCCCUCCAGAUCAAGCCCGCGACCACUGUAUCUGAGGCCGCUCAGUUGAUGGCCGCCAAGCGAGAGGACUGCGUUUUGGUUACCGACGAUGACGACCGAAUUGCCGGUAUCUUCACUGCCAAGGAUCUUGCGUUCCGUGUUGUGGGAGCUGGUGCAAAGGCCUCGGCCAUCACCAUCGCCGAGAUCAUGACCAAGAACCCUCUCUGUGCUCGAACCGACACUAGCGCCACCGAUGCCCUGGACCUCAUGGUUCGCAAGGGUUUCCGACAUCUGCCAGUUAUGGACGAGAACCAGGACAUUUCGGGUGUGCUGGACAUCACCAAGUGCUUCUACGAUGCCAUGGAGAAGCUUGAGCGCGCUUACUCGUCCUCGCGAAAACUCUACGAUGCCCUCGAGGGUGUUCAGUCUGAGCUGGGUUCUACUCAACCCCAGCAGAUUAUCCAAUACGUUGAGGCUCUGCGCAGCAAGAUGUCCGGGCCUACUCUGGAGACGGUCCUCAACGGCGUCCCCCCCACCACCGUCAGCGUGCGAACCUCGGUCAAAGAAGCUGCUCAGCUCAUGAAGGAGAACCGCACCACCGCCGUGCUGGUCCAAGAUCAGGGUGCCAUUACCGGCAUCUUCACCAGCAAGGAUGUCGUGCUUCGAGUUAUCGCGCCUGGUCUGGACCCGGCCAAUUGCAGUGUUGUGCGUGUCAUGACUCCUCACCCCGAUUUUGCCCCAAUGGACAUGACCCUCCAGGCGGCGCUGCGGAAGAUGCACGAUGGCCACUACCUGAACUUGCCAGUCAUGAACGAUGGAGGCGAGAUUGUCGGUAUGGUCGAUGUUCUCAAGCUCACGUACGCCACUCUGGACCAGAUCAAUGCCAUGUCGAAUACCAACGAUGAGGGGCCUGCGUGGAACAAGUUUUGGCUUUCGCUCGACGCUGAGACCGAAUCUAUGAUGUCCGGAGAGGGUAGCGCCAGCCUUCAGCACACAAAUCUGGGCUCGCGCCUCACUUCGCCUGACGUAGCCCGGGAUCGCAUCGGCGAUAGCCUCGCCCCAGGAGACUCGGCAUCUCACAUUGGCCUCGAGUCGCCUCCUCGCUCGCUUCUGCAUGACGGUGUCGAGACUCGACUCCCCGAGGAGCGCCCAUUCCCCUUCAAGUUCAAGGCUCCCUCUGGCCGGGUGCACCGUGUCAAGGUCAUUGCUACGGAGGGCAUGGAUGCCUUUGUUGCGGCCGUGGCUGCAAAGCUAGGCGCCGAGGCGGACGGCAUUGGUGGUGUCCCUCCUGUGGAGGAGGGCAAGAUUACCGGUCCGGGCUUUGCGCUCAGCUUUAUCGACGACGACGGAGACUCGAUUUCCAUCACUACUGACAACGACCUGCUUGAGGCGGUUCUUCUCACUCGCCAAGCCCACCGAGACAAGGUUGACCUCUUCGUUCAUGACCCUGAGAAGCCCCCAGUUUCGGAACCCGCCGAGGUGCCCACACCUUCGAUUUCCACUGGUGCCGGCCUUCGAGAACGUCGCAAGUGGUGGCCUGAUGAGGAAGAGGACGAGGAGGAUGAGGAGGAUGAGGAUGAUGACGCUGGAUCUACCGUGCGGAGACCACGGAGAGCCCGGACGGCUCCGGCGCCACCUAUCCAGGAACAGGUCAUCGCUGGCGUGCCCAACGAGUUGCUUUUGCCCGGUGCUAUCGCCAUGUUGGCCGUUGCUAUCGUGGGCGUCUUUACCAUCUCUAGGCUCACCAGCCGGUAA